AUGGGGUGGUUACUGGCUUGGAUGUUCAAACUGACACCAGCUCGAUCGAGAACAAUAACAGCACCGGAGCAUGAAAAGGACGAUACAUCGAUGAGGAAGACGACGAACACUGCUGAACAGGAAAAGGGAGAAUUUUUGGGCUCUAGAAGAGCAGGAGCAGAGUCGAAGAAAAUGAAGAACGCAAAGAGCGCAAGAGCAGAAAUAAAGGCUGUCUCGGAAUACAGCAGCAGUAUAGCGGACAGACGAGAUGACAGGUAUUAUGCCUACCUUGGGAAGAAAAUAUAA